CUCUGUGCUCUCCUGCUUCAGUGGUCAUUGGCGUGUGGUGUGUUGGCUGUGCGCGCACUGCUAUUUGCUUUUUUUUAAACAGUGAAAGGGCUUUAUCACCUGUUUGGAAGAAGUAUCUCAGAGUAUGGCGUUAAACCUUAUCAUCAACACAAGCAAUCCGCCUCUCGGGGCACUUCUGGCAGCAGAACAUGUGAAGGCCAGUGUGCAGGUAUCAGUGGAGGAAGGCAAAGACACCCAGCUUCAUGUCUCAGAUACAGUCAAGUUCAAUGAUGCCAACUCUAUCAGUCGGUACUUGGCUCGGGUGGCUCCCGCGCUUGGCCUUUAUGGGGCCAACACGAUGGAGCAGACUGAGGUCGACCACUGGUUGGAGUUCAGCGCUCGCCGUCUGUGUGGUCAGCGGGGUUUGACUGUGGCACUGGGUGAACUGGAUAAAGCCCUUUCACUGCGGACCUUCCUGGUUGGACAUUCUGUCACCCUGGCUGACCUUUCUGUCUGGGCGGCCCUCAAAGCUCAUGAGGAGUGGCUGAACCAAGGCAAAUCCUUUGUCCAUGUCAGUCGCUGGUUCUCUUUCCUGAGCUCGCAGGUUCCCUUUUCUGCUGUUGGCAACAAGUAUACUGUGAAGAAAGUUCCAAUGAACAAAUCAAGUUCAGAAGAGAAGAAACAGGAUGUUGGCAAGUUUGUGGAGUUGCCGGGAGCUGAGAUGGGCAAGGUGGUGGUUCGAUUCCCCCCUGAGGCCAGCGGAUACCUGCACAUCGGGCAUGCCAAGGCUGCCCUCCUCAACCAGCACUACCAGCUCACAUUUAAAGGAAAGCUCAUCAUGCGAUUUGAUGACACCAACCCUGAGAAGGAAAAGGAGGACUUUGAGAAGGUGAUCCUGGAAGAUGUUGCCAUGCUCCAGAUCCAUCCAGACCAGUUCACCUACACCAGCGACCACUUCCCUACCAUAAUGCGAUUCGGUGAACAGCUGUUAGCUGAGGGCAAGGCCUACAUCGACAACACGCCUCCUGAGCAGAUGAAGCAGGAGAGGGAGCAGCGCGCUGAGUCCAAAUGCAGAAAUAACACGGUGGAACAGAACAUGAAGAUGUGGUCUGAGAUGAAAGCUGGGACAGAGUAUGGUCAGACCUGCUGCAUGAGGGCCAAGAUUGAUAUGAGCUCCAACAACGGCUGCAUGAGAGACCCCACCCUCUUCCGCUGCAAGAACUCUCCCCACCCUCGCACUGGAAACACAUACAAAGUCUACCCAACAUAUGACUUUGCCUGUCCCAUCGUGGACAGCCUGGAGGGUGUGACCCACGCCCUUAGGACCACUGAGUACCAUGAUCGUGAUGAGCAGUUCUACUGGAUAAUCGAGGCCCUACGCCUCAGGAAGCCUUACAUCUGGGAGUACGCCAGACUCAACCUCAACAACACAGUGCUGUCCAAGAGGAAGCUCACCUGGUUUGUCGACCAGGGAUACGUCGAUGGAUGGGAUGACCCUCGCUUCCCCACUGUCAGAGGAGUCCUGAGGAGAGGAAUGACUGUUGAGGGUCUGAAACAGUUCAUAGCUGCCCAGGGUGGAUCCAGGUCAGUGGUGAACAUGGAGUGGGACAAGAUCUGGGCCUUCAACAAGAAGGUUAUUGACCCAGUAGCUCCCAGGUACACAGCUCUGUCCAGCUCCUAUGUGGUUCCUGUUUCCGUCCCAGAGGCUACAGAGGAGGUCAAAGAAGUGGCCAAACAUCCUAAGAACGCAGACGUGGGCAUGAAGAAGGUUUGGUAUGGACCUCGAGUUCUGGUUGAAGGAGCCGAUGCUGAAACGUUUUCAGAGGGCGAGAUGGUUACCUUCAUCAACUGGGGCAACCUCAUCAUCACCAAGAUCAACAAAGGGGCUGACGGUAAGGUCGUGUCCAUGGAGGCUCGUCUGAACCUGGACAACAAGGACUACAAGAAGACCACAAAGAUCACAUGGCUUGCUGACACAAACAGUGCCCCCCCACUGCCCACCAUCUGCAUCAACUACCAGCCUCUCAUUUCCAAAGCCGUCAUCACCAAGGACGAUGACUUCAAAGACUACAUUAAUAAAAACAGCAAGUCAGAGGAGAGGAUGCUUGGAGAUCCUUGUCUGAAAAACCUGAAGAAAGGAGACAUCAUCCAGCUCCAGAGACGGGGCUUCUACAUCUGUGACCAGCCCUAUGAGCCAGUCAGUCCUAACAGCUGUAAGGAUUGUCCUUGUGUCCUCCUCUACAUUCCUGAUGGACAUGUCAAGGAGAUGCCAACUGCUGGAUCCAAGGAGAAGAGCAAGAGCCAGGCCUCCAGCACCAAACCUGCUGCCCCAGCAAAGGCUACCUCAACCUCUGCCCCAGCAUCUGACUCAGCCUCAGCUGGUGACUUGUUCUCCAGCAUUGUAGCACAAGGUGAAACUGUCCGCCAGCUGAAGGCCUCCAAGGCUCCUAAAGACCAGGUGGACCAGGCAGUUCAGCAGCUGCUUUCCCUGAAGGCACAGUUCAAGCAGAAGACAGGUAUGGACUACAAGCCAGGCAUGACUCCUCCCACUUCUGCUCCAGCCCCAGCCCCCACAGCAACAGACUCCUCCUCUUGCCCAUUUACUCGCGUUGUCGAGCAGGGUGAGCUGGUCAGGAAACUAAAGGCAGAGCAGGCACCUAAGGACCAGAUUGACGUAGCAGUGAAGCAGCUCCUCGCUCUCAAGGCGGAGUUUAAAAAGCUGACCGGUCAGGAUUACAAACCAGGGAUGUCCCCUUCCACUCCUGCCUCCUCUGCUCUGUCUCCUGCAACUUCCUCCUCCUCCUCCUCCUCCUCCUCCUCUCCUCCUCCUCCUUCUGGCCUGUAUGAACGUGUUGCCCAACAGGGGGAGGUUGUGAGGAAACUGAAGUCUGAGAAAGCCCCCAAGGACCAGAUUGAUGCAGCAGUGAAACAGCUUCUCGCCCUGAAGGCAGAGUACAAACAGGUCACAGGCCAGGAGUACAAGCCUGGAGUGGCCCCAGUCCAGAAAGCCCCCGUCUCAGUCCAGAACAGCCCCAGCCCUGCCCCUGCUGCCUCCGGCCUCCACGAAAGGGUUGCUGAGCAGGGAGAAGUGGUCAGGAAACUGAAGGCUCAAAAGGCCUCCAAGGAUCAGAUAGAUGCUGCAGUGAAGCAGCUGUUGAAUCUGAAGGCAGAGUAUAAACAACAGACCGGACAGGAUUACAAACCAGAAAUGCAAGCCCCAUGUAGCCCAGUCCAGACCAGCUCGUCAUCGACUCAGUCCAGCUCCUCACCACAGGCCCAGAAACUGUUCUCACAGGUGGCCCAACAGGGGGAGCUGGUGAGGAAGUUGAAGUCAGAGAAAGCCCCCAAGGACCAGGUAGAUGAAGCUGUGAAGACUCUCCUGGACCUGAAGACCAAAUACAAGACACUUACUGGAGAGGAUUAUAAACCAGUGGCUGCUGCUGGAGCCACAGGAGGAGAGGACAAAAACCGCAAAGAGAGGGAGAACAAGUCUGAGAAACAAGGAGGAGGAGGGAAGAAGGGGAAAGGAGACAAAGCCAGCCAGGGCAAGGAUGCCUCAGGAGGAGCAGGAGGUGCAGGAGAGGGUCAAGGACCCAAGAAACAAACACGGUUGGGUUUGGAGGCCAAGAAAGAGGAGAACCUGGCUGACUGGUACUCUCAGGUCAUCACUAAAGCAGAGAUGAUUGAGUACUACGAUGUCAGUGGCUGCUAUGUGCUGCGGCCCUGGUCCUUCGCCAUCUGGGAGGCCAUUAAAGAAUUCUUUGACCGGGAGAUUAAGAAACUGGGUGUGGAGAACUGCUACUUCCCCAUGUUUGUCUCUCAGGCUGCCCUGGAGAAGGAAAAGUCCCAUAUUGAAGACUUUGCUCCAGAGGUUGCCUGGGUAACCCGGUCAGGAAAGACUGAGCUGGCCGAGCCCAUUGCUGUCAGACCCACCAGUGAGACAGUGAUGUACCCUGCCUAUGCUAAAUGGGUCCAGUCCCACAGAGACCUGCCAAUCAAACUCAACCAGUGGUGUAAUGUUGUGAGAUGGGAGUUCAAACAUCCCCAGCCCUUCCUGAGGACAAGGGAGUUCUUAUGGCAGGAGGGACAUACGGCCUUUGCUACCAAAGAGGAGGCAGCUGAGGAGGUGCUUCAGAUUCUGGAUCUGUACGCCAGGGUGUAUGAGGAGCUGAUGGCGAUCCCCGUAGUGAAGGGGAGGAAGACGGAGAAAGAGAAGUUUGCAGGUGGAGAUUACACUACCACUGUGGAGGCGUUCAUCUCUGCCAGCGGCAGAGCCAUUCAGGGUGCAACAUCCCACCAUCUUGGUCAGAACUUCUCCAAGAUGUUUGAGAUUGUGUUUGAGGAUCCAAAGAGGCCGGGUGAGAAACAGCUGGCUUUCCAGAACUCCUGGGGAAUCACUACCAGGACCAUUGGUGUCCUCACUAUGGUCCACGGUGACAACAUGGGUCUUGUACUGCCACCCAGAGUGGCCUGUCUGCAGGUUGUCAUCAUCCCAUGUGGGAUCACUGCCUCCCUGCCAGAGCAGGAGAAAGAGGCACUAUUGACCCAGUGCUCUAAAUAUAUGAGCAGGCUGCUGGAUGCUGGUAUCAGGGUGAAAACUGACGUCCGAGACAACUACUCCCCAGGGUGGAAGUUCAACCACUGGGAACUCAAGGGAGUUCCUAUCCGUCUGGAAGUGGGUCCUAAAGACAUGCAGCAGCGUCAGUGUGUUGCUGUGAGGAGAGACUCGGGUGUGAAGGUGACAGUUCCAGAAGCUGAGGUGGAGAAGAUGCUGCUUGCCAUGUUGGAGGACAUCCAGACCAGCCUGUAUAAUAAAGCUUCAGAUGACCUGAAGAAAAACAUGGUGGCUGCAGACACAAUGGAACAGUUCCAGAAAGAGUUGGAUCAGGGCAAGAUUGUCCAGAUCCCCUUCUGUGGAGGAAUUCAGUGCGAGGAUUGGAUCAAGAAAACCACUGCCAAGGACCAGGACCUGGAGCCUGGAGCUCCUUCCAUGGGAGCGAAGAGCCUCUGUAUCCCUUUCUCCCCCCUGAAGACACUACAGCCUGGUCAGAUGUGUGUCAGUGGCAAAGAGCCUGCCCAGUACUACACCCUGUUUGGACGCAGUUACUAAAGACCUGCUCUACUGGAGCAUGAGGAUCAAUGUCAAAAAGGGCUUCUCUUCCUUUCAUCUAGUUCUUCUCUGAUCUCUUGUAGGUGUCUAUGGUAAUAGGAGUACGGAGGUGAAUGGGCUGUGGUCUUAAGAAUAUGUUAUCUCUGUUAGUUUUUUUUAACAUAUGUUAACAUUGCUAUAAUGUAUCUGAACGUGAAGGUGAGGGAAUCUGUUUUCUACUUCUGUUACUCUUAUUGUUCCGUUAUGAGAGAAAAUGUUUGUAGAAUUGUUCCUCUCCUCCGUGGCUGUUUACUCUUUAAAUACCAAUUCAAAAGAACACCCACUGUCCAGCAGGGCUUUGCAUUAGAACAGGAAGCACUACUAGACACGUGGCAAAUAUUCAGCUUGGCAGGUAUUGAAUCAUCUUGUGGUUCUUUAAAAACACGUGAGGAGCAAGUAAAAUGGUAAAAGCAAGUGGUAUAUUAUGGAAACAACUUUUGAUCUGAUACUCUUUUUUUUUUUUUUUUUUUUACUGCCAAGAAAAAAACUCCAAUUUAGUUAGAUUUAUUCAGGUUUCUGUCAACAUUUAUGAAUUUAGAAAGUUUGGACCUUUUCUAAUCCUGGGAAACUCCUGAAAACAUGUACGGAUGAGAGAAAUGACUGGGGAAAAGUCCUCUUUGCCUGUCAGCAGUCCCAUGUCUUGCAGCCAAACUGUCUCAGGAACUCUGCAGGUACUCAGGCUUGUAGCUGGCGUGUUACUGUCACAGCUUUAUCAGCCCUCCUCACUUUGUACUUGUUACAGUAACUGGCUUGUGGUUCACAGAUCAGAUCUGCCAGAGCUAAAUGACAAAAUCUCUUAUGAACUGUGUAUGGUUAAUAACCUAUAAUAUCUUUCUGUCGCUUCUCUCUCAUUAAAUAACUCUACAGCUUAUCUAUAAUAAAGUAAUUUCCAUGGACAUCUA